ACAAGACCAAAUCAAUUAAAAGAAUUUAUGCUGACGAGUCGCUCUUUGCAAGAUGUUCUCAACAUCAUACUGACACUAGGAAAUUACAUGAAUGGCGGAAGUAAGAGCCGUGGUCAAGCUGAUGGAUUCGGUUUGGAGAUAUUGCAGCGAUUGAAAGACAUCCGUAGUAAAGAUAAUACAUUAACUCUCUUACAUUAUAUCGUUAAAAUAUACGUUAAACUUUAUAACAAGGAUACAAAUAUUGAUAAUUUAAAGCUUCCUGUACCAGAACCGAGUGACGUAGAAAGGGCAAGUCUUCUUUAUUUUGAAGAAAUUUCGGCAGAAUUGAAGAGAAUCCAUUCGCAGAUGAAAGGUAAUAAUGAUUUAUCAUAG